UGUCAUGUGGAUCUGAGUGGCUGUCUAAGGCUCUGGAGGGCACCCAGCUUCCCUGCGGGGUGCCGAGCCCGGCUCUGUCCCCAGCAGCUGGGGACCUCAGGUGUCCUCUCCGGUGUCUGGGUGGAGGACAGCCAGGCCAUGAGGAUCUGUGGGCACCUGUUCCCAGGACAGGAGUUCACCAAUUAGAGGAGGCCAAGGUGGCCUCCCAGGAAGCAGUUCAAACAGAGGAAGCAGCGUCACCCAGAGAUGCUUCAGCAGGGCAGUGGUGGAAAAUGAGGCUGGCCAGGCAGGUGGGUACCCAAUAAUGCUGAGCCUUUGUGUCAGUUAGGAUGCUUUGACUGUAAGUAACCAGCCAAAGUGUGCAAAGGCAUACAAUGUCUUAUGAUGUUAUUAACAGAGCCAGAGGGCUGCCAGGGAUGGCUAAUUUAGCAGCUCAACGUUAGGAUCAAGAACAAUUUCUUCCUUAGGCUUGCCUCCUCAAGGUCACAAGAGGGCUGCCACAGCACUGGACAACAUACCCUCGUAUAUCCAAAAACAGCGUUGGGGUAUUUUUCAUGGAAGUCUCUUCCUCCCAGCUUACCUCAUCUAGGAUUGAGCCCAGGGUAAUGCCUUCGCUGUGGAAGGACUGGAGCAGCCAACAUUGGGCACCUUCUCUCAUGGAAGGUUGCCUGCACCAGCAGGGAGGAAGGGAGAGGAGGGUCCCUGGGAAUGGCCAUGCCCAGCUACUCAUGGGCUUCUUCUGGACUGGGUGUAUCAUCACACCCACCUCACAGACAGGACACUGAGGCCCGGAGAGGCCUGCUCACAGCUGACAGUGUGAGCAGCAGGAAGGGAGGCCAGGCUUCUGCUGGAGCAUCCCCUUCCCCCGGGGCAGGGGCUCUGUCCACCGCAGAGAGGCCUUCCCUCGUGGGUCAGGGCACCCAGUGCCCCAGGCUGCCCACAGACAGACCAGGGGAAAACGGACCUCCGUCUUGUCCAGCUGUGGCUCAUGGCAGAGCUGAACCCCUGAGCCCUGUCCCUUUGGAGUUCUUGGCCAUGUGGCCAGGCACCGUCACCAUGUCAUCCCCAUGGGACCUGUUAACACCCACAGGAUUCUCUGAGGGUUCUUCAUAGGGAAGAAGACCGAGGUCCAGAGCAGUGAUAUGGUCCAUCCAGGGACUCCACAGGGUGCUUCCAGCCACACACAAUCCUUCAUGGCCAUGUCCCCAAAGGGCGAGCAGCAGGCGUUUCUAAGUACACACAUCGACCCAGAACCGCUACGGAUGUGCCAAGAACAUGCGUUUUCUUCAGUCCCGGGUGAUUCUGAAGACCAGAGCUAGCCUGACACAGAGAGGGAAAGUGACUUACCGAAGGUCACACAGUCGGCUGGAGCUGAGAUCAGAGCUGAGAACUAGAUGGCCCCAGCUUUGUGACAGCCAGACCACGGGGAACAAGCCCAGGGGCAGUUCUGCUUGUGGAGCUGACGCCAUGGAGCCUCCAGAGCCUCUCUUGGGCCAGUCAGGUUCCUACGGGAAGAAAGGUGGCUGGUUCUCAGAUCUUGUAGACCCUCAUGACCACCAUGUUGAAAUCCAGAUCCCCAGUCCAGCAGAGGAGCAGCCAUAAUAGCCAGGAGACCAGCCUGUGGUCCUCAGGCUUUGGGAUGAAGCUGGAGGCUGUCACCCCAUUUCUAGGGAAGUAUCGUCCUUUUGUGGGUCGCUGCUGCCAGACCUGCACCCCCAAGAGCUGGGAGUCCCUCUUCCACAGAAGCAUAAUGGAUUUGGGCUUCUGCAACGUGAUCCUAGUGAAGGAGGAGAACACCAGGUUUCGAGGCUGGCUGGUUCGCAGGCUGUGCUAUUUCCUGUGGUCCCUAGAGCAGCACAUCCCCCCCUGCCAGGAUGCCUCACAGAAGAUCAUGGAAAGCAGUGGGGUACAGAACCUCCUCUCAGGGAGGGCACCAGGAGGGGCCGGGGAAGGCCAGACGCCAGACCUUGUGGAGAAGGAGGUUCAGCGCAUCCUGGGCCAUAUCCAGGCUCCACCCCGCCCCUUCCUACUCAGGCUGUUCAGCUGGGUGCUGCUGCGGGUCCUGAACUGCCUCUUCCUGAACAUCCAGCUCCACAAGGGCCAGAUGAAGAUGGUCCAUAAGGCCGCCCAGGCGGGGUCUCCGCUGGUCUUCCUCUCUACUCACAAGUCGAUCCUGGAUGGAAUAUUGCUGCCUUUUGUGCUGCUCUCCCAGGGCCUGGGUGUGCUUCGUGUGGCUUGGGACUCCCGUGCCUGCUCUCCUGCUCUCAGAGCCCUGCUGAGGAAUAUUGGGGGGCUUUUCUUGCCCCCAGAGGCCGACCUCUCUCUAGACAGUUCCAAAGGGAUCCUUGCAAGGGCUGUGGUCCAUGCGGUCAUGGAGCAACUGCUGGUCAGUGGGCAGCCCCUGCUCAUCUUCCUGGAGGAGCCUCCUGGAGCUCCAGGGCCACGGCUGUCAGCCCUAGGCCAGGCCUGGCUAGGAACAGUGGUGCAGGCGGUCCAUGUGGGUACUGUCCCAGAUGCUAUGCUGGUGCCAGUGGCCAUUACCUACGACCUGGUUCCAGAUAUAUCCUGUGACAUGCAUCAAGCCUCCAGCCCCCUGGGGCUGUGGAGGGGAGCUCUGGCUGUCCUGCAGAGACUGCGCAGCUCCUGGGGCUGCCUCCACAGGGUCUGUGUCCGGGUGCACCUUGCCCAGCCCUUCUCCCUGCAGGAGUACACCAUCAAUGCCAGGAGCUGUUGGAGCGGCAGGCAGACCCUGGAGCACCUGCUGCAGCCCGUCGUGCUGGGCCAGUGCACUGUUGUCCCAGACACAGAGAAGGAACAGGAGUGGACCCCAACAACUGGGCCCCUCCUGGCCUUCAAGGAAGAGGACCAGCUCCUGGUCAGGCGACUGAGCCGGCAUGUCCUGCAUGCCAGCGUGGCCAGCUCGGCAGUGAUGAGCACAGCCAUCAUGGCGACACUGCUGCUGUUCAAGCACCAGAAGGGUGUGGUCCUGUCACAACUGCUGGGGGAGUUCUCCUGGCUGACAGAGGAGACGCUGCUGCGUGGCUUUGACGUAGGCUUCUCAGGGCAGCUGCGGUGCUUGGUGCAACACACGCUGAGCCUGCUGCGGGCACACGUGAUCCUGUUGCGCAUCCACCGUGGGGACUUGGUGGUGGUGCCACGGCCUGGUCCAGGCCUCACACACCUGGCACGCCUGAGUGCAGAGCUACUGCCUGCCUUCCUGAGCGAGGCUGUGGGUGCCUGUGCUGUGCGUGGGCUGCUGGCAGGCAGAGUGCCACCCGAGGGGCCCUGGGAACUUCAGGGCAUAGAGCUGCUAAGCCAGAGUGAACUCCACCGCCAGAUCCUGCUGCUGCUGCACCUGUUGCCACAGGACCUGUUGCUGCUGCAGCCCUGCCAGUCUUCCUACUGUUACUGUCAGGAAGUGCUGGACCGGCUCAUUCAGUGUGGGCUCCUGGUCGCUGAGGAGACCCCAGGCUCUCGGCCAGCCUGUGACAUGGGGCGUCAGCGUUUGAGUGCAAAGCUGCUGUGGAAACCGAGUGGGGACUUUACUGACAGUGACAGUGAUGACUUUGAGGAGGCAGAGGGCCGCUCAGCCAGCAGUCACGCUGCCCCGACUUCUUCCUUUUCCUCUGCCGCCUGCUCAGUCCACUGCUCAAGGCCUUUGCACAGGCUGCCGCCUUCCUCCGCCAGGGACAACUGCCAGAUACUGAGGCAGGCUAUACAGAGCAGUUGUUCCAGUUCUUUCAGGCCACGGCCCAGGAAGAGGGAAUCUUUGAGUAUGUGGACCCAAACCUCGCCAUCAGUGCUGUCUGGACCUUCAGAGACCUGGGGGUGCUGCAGCAGACGCCCAGCCCUGCAGGCCCCCAGCUUCACCUGUCCCUUACAUUUGCCAGCCGGGACAAUCAGGACAAGUUGGAGCAAUUCAUCCGACAAUUCAUCUGCAGUUAGAGCCAUAAGGCAGAGCCCGAUCUCAAAAUGCCUCAACCCAGCUGUGUCCUCGAGACAGAAGACAGGAGGCUGCAGACCCCUGGCUGGACUAAGAAAAACUGUGGUUUGACAGUGUCUUGGGUUCUCUAUCAUUUGGUGUAAUAAACAAGGGGAAUGGACGAGUCCUCAUUCUCCAAAUCCCAGAGUA